AUGGUGUCUGUGCUCGAGGGCCACCUGGCGCCAGUGACGGCCCUGGCGUUCCUGCCGGGUGCCGACGCCUUUGUCGUGUCGGCGAGCGAGGACUGCACAUUCAAGGUGUGGGACCUCGUGGAGGGCUCGGUGCUGCACGAGAGCGCGGUGCUGGGGCCGCGGCCGCCCACGGCGCUGGGCGUCGACGCGGCGUACGGGCGGCUUGCGGUCGGCGACGGCGGCGGGGGUGUGCGGCUGUUUGACCUGUCUGACCUGUCGGCCUGCCGUGCCACGCAGUCCCUGGACUUGGACAGGGAGCUGCAGCGGAUCACAGACGCCGCCAUCGCGGAGCGCCGCGCUGCGGCCGCCCGGCUGGACGCCAUGGCGCGCACGCGCACCAUCACCGCGCAGCCUGCAUGGCGGCGUCAGGCGCACCUGCAAGCCGAGGCGCGGGGCCGGCUCUGCAGCGGGGAGCGGGGCGGCGUGCCGGCGGGCGGCAGCGCGGGCGUUGUGGCUCUGGCAUUUGUAGGGGCCCACCAGUCGGACGCUCAGCUGCCGGGCGGGGCGGCCUUGCACAACAGCAGCGUUGUCCGCCUGGCGUUCUCGGGCGACGGCUCCCGCCUCGUCACGGCUUCCUCGGACAAGACCGCCCGCUGCCUGCUGCUGCCCACCAGCCGCCACAAGGGCGCCGGCUGCACCUUCAUCGGGCACGACGGCCCCCUCACGGGCGUCGACUGGAGCCACGGGGGCGGCCACCUGCUCACCAGCUCGGCUGACAGGACCGCGCGGAUGUGGGCGGCGAAUCAGCCCGCCCCUCUGAUCGCGAUCACCGGGGACCGGCAGGGCGGGGGCGCGGCCAGGACCGCGGGUUUUGUGUCAAAAGUCACUGCGGCGCGCUUCUUCUGGAUGGACGCGCGGGUGCUGGUGGCGACGUCGAACAAACUCCAUAUUUUUAGGUACGACCUGCCAGAUGGCGGCGACGGCAAGCAACCUGCACUUCCCGGGGCCACGAGCCAGCAGCCGCGCGGCCGCACGUCCCUGGCCGCUUCGUAUUCGAGCGCCGCGCAGUCGAUUUUGGCAGCAUCCUGCCUCAAUUGCUGCUUGUCACCGCUGGCGCUGCUGUGCGGGAGUGACAGGAGCGUGGAGGUGCUGGACGUAGGAGAGAUGAAGGUGGCACUACGCAUCCCGGACGCCCACGCCCGCGCCCCGCACGCCGUUGCCCAGCCCCCCGGCUCCCCCUUCGCCGCCGUCGGCCGGGAGUCCUUCGAGCUGUUCGCCACCGCCGCAACGGACCGCGCUGCAAAACUCUGGGACCUGCGGGCCGGCGGCCGCUGCGCGCGGCGCUUCUCGGGGGGCCACAGGAAUACGCAGCUGCACGUGGGCCUGGCGCUGUCCCCCUGCAUGCGCUUCCUGGCCGUGGGGUCUGAGGGCCGCGGGGCCGCCCUGUACGACAUCAGGCAGGGCGCCCUGCUGUCUACCCUGGAGGCGGGCCCCGAUGGCGCCGGCGCCGGGGGCGGCGGCGGCGGGGCCAGGGGGGCGGCGCUGUGCGUCGCAUUUAAUCCGCUGCGGCCGCAGGCGGCGGUCGGGUUCCAGGAUGGGUCUGUCUCGUGGUUCCGCCCCUGA